AUCUAUCUCAUUUCACAGUGAGCAAUCUCCUAUCCACAUUUUCAUACAGCUAGCUCUUAUCCUAACCUGCAUAUUCAUGGCUUCCUCAUUUUCUUUUUCUCUUCUUCCAUUCUUUUUCCUUUGCUUGAUCAUCUCAUUGCUAUCUCACUCGAAUGCUCAGUUACCUUCAUCUUCAUCCCGGCCUCACGGGGUUGUGCUUUCCGUUACCAAGGAUGCAUCAUCACUUCAAUAUCUAACCCAUAUAUUUCAAAGAACCCCAAAAAUUAGAGUAAGCCUUACAGUCGAUCUAGGCGGUCAAUUCACAUGGGUUGAUUGUGAAGAUGGCUACAAGUCAUCAUCUUAUCGUUCAGCCCGUUGUAAAUCUGUCCAAUGCAAACUCGCCGGUCGACCAACCAGUGGAUGCUUAGAUGAGUGCUACGGCACUCCUCGUCCAGGGUGCAGUAACCACACUUGCAGUGUUUACCCAUACAAUUCAGUAAGUGGCUGGCAAAGCCCUGGUGAUGUAGGUUCCGACUCCUUGACGGUGAAAUCAACAGACGGAUCGGAUGUUAUGGUUCGUGGAUUAGUAUUCAGUUGUGCACCAACUUCUCUUGUAGCAGGAAUUGCCGGCGGUGCUAAAGGAAUCGUUGGCCUCGGACGUUCCGCAACCGGAUUAUCCUCGCAGUUUUCACUUGCAUUUCGAUUCCCUCGGAAAUUUGCGAUGUGUUUGUCCUCAUCAAAAGGUGCUAUAAUUUUCGGCGAUGGUCCGUACAUGGCUCAUCCUGGAAUGGAUCUGUCAACUUCAUUCACAUACACUCCUCUCAUUGUCAACCCAGUUAGUGCUACCACAGGAGGUGAGAAAUCCCCGGAGUAUUACAUUGGGGUGAAAUCAAUCAAAGUUGGCGGUAGGAAGAUCUUGUUAAAACGGGGGACAUUGUCACUCAAGAAAGAUGGACUGGGAGGAACAAAAAUCAGCACAGUGACUCCUUAUACUGUUAUGGAAACUUCGAUCUACAAUGCAGUUACUAGCGCUUAUAUUAAACACGCCAAAGCCAUGAAUAUUUCUCGAGUAACUUCAGUGAGUCCGUUCGGCGUAUGUUUUAGUACGACAAACAUAGUGAAUACACGAGCUGGAGCUGUUGUCCCGUCAAUCGAUCUUGUGUUGCAAAACAAGAGAGCUGUUUGGAGGAUUUUUGGAUCCAACUCGAUGGUUAAAGUUAAAAAUGGUGUUUCGUGUUUGGGGUUCGUAGAUGGAGGGUCUGAGGCCAAGACAUCCAUCGUUAUCGGUGGGUAUCAAUUGGAGGAUAAUCUUUUACAGUUUGAUAUUCCGAGAUCUAGAUUGGGAUUCACUUCGUCGUUGUUGUUUGGAUCGAGACAAGUCGCUUGCUCUGCUUUCAACAACUAAAGUGUUUUAAACAUUUCAUCAAUCACAGAAUGAGGUUUAUUUAUUUUCUUAGAUAAAAUGUAUUUGCUUAUGUAAUUUGUAUAACUCAUGUUUUGAAUAAAAUUCUACGCUAGUUUCUGAUCAAAA